AUGGAUGUAGUAGCAUUUUCUGAGGUGCAUUGCCUGCUGAAGAUUCUGCGACCUGCAUUACAUGACAGAGGAAAUCCGAUGGAGUUGUACGACGAGGAACAAUUCCACGCUUGCUACAGGUUUACCAAGAGCGCUGUGCAGCAGCUUAAGGCUAUGUUGCUUCUCCAAGAAAGCAGGGACGACAGAGGACAGCCUGUGCCUCCCAUGCUACAGCUGCAGAUGGCACUCAGGUUUUAUGGCGCUGGCACAUUUCAGACAGCCACCGCGGUUCAGGUCCGCAUUCUUCAGUCGACGGUGUGCCGUGCAGUUGGAAAAGUGACUCUGCUCAUCGCAGAGCACCUGAACUUGUUGUUGGUACGCUUCCCACAAUCGGCAAGAUUUCCUGAAGUUUUGUGGGACUUUUAUGUAGUGGCCGCAUUGCUUGGCGUAACCGGGUGCAUCAACUGCUCGCACAUGUGCAUUAAAAGCCCCAGCGGUGAAAACAUGGAAGUCUGA